AUGCCUACCUGUCUGGUGAGCCAUGGCUGUUCUCCCUAUCUUGGUGCUGUCUGCCCAGCAGGAUACACUUGCACCUUCGAUGGCCGAUGUUGUCAGAUUGGGGCCACCUGCCCGGAUGGUUCACAACCUGAAUGGUUAUGUAGUAGUACAAUUCCAUGUCCCGCCACACAUUUAUGUUUCACCACUGAAGAGAAUCAUAGCAUUUGCUGCUUAAGAGACCAAUCGUCCCCACCCCAGUCAGCAUGCCCACCAGGCAGUUAUGAGGUAUAUCCUCGAUUUGGGGAGCGCUGUCGUUACAGUUUGCAAUGUCCUUCACCUUAUUUUUGCAAUCAUUUGGGAAGAUGCUGCCAGCCGUAUAUUUAA